UCCUGUCGUCCUAAUUCGGUCUAGGCCGGUAGCGCCAUACGACUUAGUCCCGGGAUUUGUGGAAAGUUGAUGCGGGUUGACCUGGGCGCGAGGGGUGGGGACGGGCUACAGUACCUCAACACCAUGCAGGAGCGGGGCCGUGCCUAUCACGACCCUCCUAAACAAGGUGGGAUGAAGGCGAGGGAUCCUGCGCUGCCGCUGGUCCGACGUGAGUUUUGCUCUUAUGUGGCUCAGGGCCUGAGGGAGGGACUCCGACGCCUCGACGGUGGUCAGGUAGGUGCACAACGGGCGAUUCUGACGGAAUGGAGCGCAGGGCCAUUGGACGAGCACGUGGACGGUGUGUUCGUCUCUGGAGAACGCUUCGAAAGCGUGGCGCGGCUCAAUGGCACCCCGGUUGGGAGAAAUGCCACCGGUUCCGAGUGCGUUGGCGGAUAUGGUGGUCAUGUUGAAUUAAUCAAUGGCCUUCUGCCCGGGACCUGAAUUCUGGGUUGAGUCUACGAGGCUUCGAUGGCGGUCUUUAAUCGAGAGUGGGACAUUUUCGCGCGAAGAUAAUAUAUAUAGACAUUGAGACAUUG